CACACAUCCCACUUUGCUGACAUGAGAGAAAUAGGAUCAAUCAUCUAAUACACUCUAAGGAAUUACACAAACUAUAAGGCAAGCUACAUUUCACCUCAACUUACAAGCUAUAAUUAUAUUUUACUUGUGCCGGAGUACUGCUGCUGCCUAAAUCAGCAUUUAUUUUUGUAUUUUGGGAAAUGCAAAGCAGCCCAGAGUAAGCAGUAGCAGAAGUAAAAUAUCACUUUGGAAAGGUGAGAAGAAAUUUUGGGUAUCAUAUUCAUAUUCAGGGUAAUUUUGCUGGGCUCUACAUGUAUCCACAGUAAAGGAACAUUAACAAAGCAAGCUUACAUACAAACACAAGUGUAGCUACAAAAUGAAAUCCUGCAGGGGCUCACCCUCAUGUUACUGGGGCUGUUUAUACAGGCUUCAUCUGCAGCAAAUACAACACAAACUUACUACUUUAAGCUUCAGAUAGAGUCAAGUGCAUUUAACAAUUUUACCUGGCUGCUUGGAAAACUUACAGAGCUCACUGUCACACAGGCCGUAGUAAAAAAUAUCACCAUAACAACAGACUGUUACUCCAACAAAUGUAAUUGCUCAAAAAACUACAAAUGGAGUGAGGAAGUGUGUAAAAUAAAACCUGCGUGCUGCUCUAAUAACAACUGUCCAAAUAAUGUCCUUCCUAGUGCUAUGUGCAUCUAUAAAGACAAAGUGGUUAUCAACGGAUCGUUUACUAAAGUAAACUACUUUCUUGAACCAAAUGAGGAGCUGAAAAGAGAGCUUACUAAUAAUUUGACUUUAAUGUACAGCACUUUGGACUGGUUUGACUCACUGAACAUUACAAGCCUCAGGUCGGGUAGUCUCAUCGGAGACUUUGUAAUGGAAAUAAAUGGGCCCUUUAUGAUGAGCACACUUGUUGAUCAGACCAAGAAGCUGCAGACAUUGUUGGAUGUUUCUUUUAAAAUUAUAACCACAGGUUUUGUAAAAAUCAGUGUUCCAGAUUUAGUUGGUUAUUACAGCAUUGCUGAAAUCACUUGCACGACACCAGAGCUACUAGAAAAUGUGUACUGGAACUUACAGAGGGAUGCAACAACACAAACUAUCACUGAUGGCACUGAAGCUAAGUUAUAUAAAAAUGCACUAAACAGUACAGUUCUUGUUAAUAGAACUUCUGAAGUUUGGAAAGGGAAGUUUACAUGUGACUACACAUCGAAUGCCUUUAGUAACAUCAUACACAGAGCAAGUGCAUAUUUGGAUGUUGCACUUUUGCCAAAAAUAUUUAUCAUAAGUGAACCACAAUUCCCAGAUUGUAGAAAAAAUACUGGAAUUUCUGUUGAAAUCCAAUGUAUGAUCGAAAACAGCACAGAACCUUACAAUGUUACCUGGUCACCUGACAAAUCAAUGAAAAUAACUUCUGUAGGCAAUACCACAAUCUACAGUAUCAAAACCAUCAUUGAAUGUGCAGUGGUGCCUGAAGUGUUUGAAGUUAAAUGUACAUUCACAAAUAGAAAGAAUAACAUAACGAGUGCCACUCAACAGACACCCAUAAUUAAAAAUAAUUCAACCGUUUGCAAAACAGAUGGUAACUGGCCGGAUGCAAAGGCUAAUUUUGCAGCCAAAAUGCUAUGCAAUACCAAUGAAAUAGGUUUUAAAACAAGAAACUGCAAUAACACAGGGGGCUGGGACAAUGUAAUCUCUCUAUGUGUAGACAAAGACAUUCAAACCCUGCUGACUGAUGCUCAGAAUCUCCAGAAAGGAUGUGGGCUGGUUACAGAAAAUGCAUGCAAACUGUUUGGCCUUUUAAAGACGAAAAGUGAAGAUCAGAUCAUUAAUACAUUCCCAAAUAUUAAUGCAUCAGUUGUCGUAUUACAGAGCCUGUAUAAUGCUUCUGAUAUACAAAAGUCUCCAUUCAAUAAAUCAAUAGUUUCUGAUUUUACAAAAGCUUCAAGCAAUCUUUUGAAUGACAGUUUAUUAAAUACCAUUACAAAUAUGAAUGAUCUGAAUAAAUCCCAUGAUUUGGCUGCAAGUUAUUUAAUAGCUGUUUCCGGAGUUGUAAGUCAAAUCAACACAACCACAGACCAACAAGUACAAGAAGAAAAUGUGCAAUUAAUAAUAUGCAACAAUGUUGAUCCAAAAUGUGCUAAAACAUUCAAUGUCUCUGUGGAAAAUCCGAAAAAUGAGACAAUUUAUCAAAUUAAAAUAAAUAAUAUACCUGAACUGCUACCACAAUAUCCAGACAGUAAUAAGAGUGACUUUGUAUUAUCAGUCAUGGUUCAAAAUGCAAGCAAAAUUGAUAUGAAUGUCCCAAUCACAAGACCUCGAAACCACAAAAUAUUCUGUGUGUAUUAUGAUUUUAAUAAAUCUCAGUGGUCUGAUGAUGGUUGUGAAUGGGGCACUGUAGUUAAUCCAAACCGUUGCACAUGUACACACUUGUCUGUAUUUACAGCUCUAGUGUCUAUAUCACCUGUGGAACUAUUGUAUAUGGAUCAGAUAACUUAUAUAGGUUUAGGGUUUUCAGUUGUUUCACUAGUUCUAUGUUUAGUGAUUGAGUUUGUUGUGUGGAACACUGUAGUAAAGUCCAAUAUCUCCCAUUUUAGACACACUGUUUUGGUAAACAUUGCACUCUCUUUGUUGCUAGCACACAUUAGCUUCCUGGUGGCUUCCUCUCCAAAAUCAGCUUUGAGUCAGUGGUGUUUUACUUUUACAGUUAUGAAACAUUUUGGCUUCUUGGCAGUGUUUUUCUGGAUGUUGUGCAUGAGUAUGGGGCUCCUACACCAAAUUAUAUUUGUUUUUGUUCAGUUAAGGAAAAAAGUUUAUUUAGGAUUAUGUUUUUUUCUGGGUUAUGUCUGUCCAUUCCUUAUUGUGAUAGGUACAGUCAUCACUUAUGACAAUGGUGCCCUUAACUCAUACUAUGUAAAUGACAUCUGUUGGUUAAAGUACGAGAGUAUGCUAGCUGGGUCAAUCCAUACCUUUAUUAUUCCUGCAGGUAUAAUUGUGCUUGUGAAUAUGUUCACUAUGGUUGUGGUUAUUAGCAGGAUCUUAAAACCAAGUUUGUCUGAAGGAAAAAGUCAUGAUGAAAAGGAAAUUGUAAGAAGUGUUAUUAGAACUGUUGUCUUCUUAACCCCUUCGCUUGGAAUAACAUGGAUCUUUGGCUUCGCUGUGCUAAUGCUUGACCUCACAAUGGAGCCGUUUGCCCAGAUUGUAAAUUAUGCUUUCACAAUUCUCAAUUCUUUUCAGGGUUUUUUCAUUCUACUAACAGGAAGUUUUGGUGAGAAAAAGGUUCGAGAUGCACUGCUCAUGCGCAUACGACCACAGCAUUCAGCACAUUAUGCAAGCAAAUCCUCAAUGUCAAUGACUGCAGCAGUUAAAAAAAAAUAACUGACUUGUUUUACAAAGGCAAAUACAAAUAUAUGUAUAUAUCUCACAAAGUCAACAAAUUUGGAAAGGCUAGACUUGCUUUUGCAAAUGAGGACAGAAACACAACCACUAUAGCCUUUUUGUUGUCUUGUUUAUUUUGGAUUAAGAUAAAUCUACAUUUCUAUCUGUUACAUUUUUUUUUUUUUUUUUUU